GACAGGUGAGGGUGAUUGCGCUGGGUGGCGAGCUCAGCUGUCAUCCCAACUCUGCUUUUAGAUAGAAUAUGUAAAAUGCCCUGACACCCGGGGCAUGAAAGUGCAUCUUACCCAUCCGAAAGCACUAUAGCCCUAUUGGUGGUUAAAAAAGCAAACCCUCCUUGCGACAGAGAUGAUUGCGCUGCUAUUUUGAGGGAGGAAAGAGAGGAGCAAAAGGUGGGAGAUGAUGCAAUGGUGCGAGGGCGAGAGUCAUUGUAACCAGAUCAUGAUUUAUAUCCUUGCAGCCAUGGCAUCUCGUCCAGGCAGGAUGCUAUUCUCCCAUUCUAUCGACCCACGUCGUCGGUAAUCAAUACAGUUUAAUCAGCGCUCACUCAUGACAUUCGAGAGAGAAGGUAGCGAGGAACUCUGUUUUGUGCGAGCUCGUUCCAUUGCUGCACCAGCUAGAUCCAGACUGGAGACGAAGGAUUAUUGCGUCUAAGCUUCGUGGGUACACAAAUGCCUGGUAUCUGGCUGAUGCAGCGUCGCAUGGCGAGGAAGCUGGAUAGGAGAUGAUGAUGAGCGACAGUAUGCAACGAUCUGGGCGCCUGGACGAGAGCUGCAAGCGCAUCUUGAUGCAGGGUGAAAUGGCCACCAGGUUCAAUGCGGAGAUGGGAGUGGGUUGCUGCUGUGCAACCAGCUGUUCAGCUAUGGGGCGAGGCAUACGUUGGGCUUGUGUAUUGGACGGGUCUCGUGGAAUUUGUGCGGAACUUGUACUGGUUCCAAUUGAAGAAUGGUGGAUUGACGAAGGAAAUUGCACUUGUGGCUUACCUCUUCACUCCACCGGUGGUGCUUUCACAUCCAGUGUGGCGCGCACACGUAACCCUGCACAUAUGGUCGAGACCACUCUUAUUGCUCUGUGGGCUUGUUGGAAUUGGCGGUCAGUUCUUUUGGGGGCCUCUAAUGCGGCUUGCCUUUUCGGGCACAACGGUGGGAAUCCUUGGAAUUUAUGUCAUCGAUAGCUUGUGGGCGGUUUCGCGAGCUCGCCGGCGUCGUGCAGCAUUUGGAAUGAUUGGUGGAAUCCUUCUUCUCCAGGUGCUGCGCUGGGUGAACUGUGGAUUAAAUCCUCUUGUAUCACGAUGGUGGGGUUUCUUCCUGUUGGGUGUUAUUCCGGGAGCUGGAACAGCCCUUCUGUUGCUCACUGAGGAUGUGUUUCAGUUGGAGGCGGAAACUUGGGAAGAUGAACCCACUGACAACCUUGACUCAAGUUCAGAUGAUGAUCACACGGAUGACACAGAGGGGAUAAAUCUUCUAGCCGUAAACAGACCCGAAGUUGACAGCCAUGAUGCUGUUGAUCUGGAAAGCAACAGCAGGCUCCCGAGAGAGCUCCGAACUCUUAUCCAGGAGCAUCGUGAAAGCCAAGAUUCACCGCGUUCAUCACCAAGGUCGACGCCGAGAGCGUCCCCCAGGCAUGUAAGCAUAGAUCGAGGGGGUCUACGGGACAUGAUCAGUAGCUCAGCGAGAAUGGGAAAUCACAAACAUGUGAUUAGUCCUCUCCGCAGUGAUAGCCCUCUCAGAAUGAGCGAAGGCCUUCACGUGAUUGAUGACGGGGAUGUGCGGCGCUGGAAAGAAGGCGAAGAGGUCCCGUGGGUGAAAGAGGGGUAUGCCGACACAGACAGCGAUGUCGAUGAUGAAACGUUCCGGCAGCGCAGGUGGAAGUUUAAACCAAGCGUAGCAUUACGUACACUGCAGAUAGGUUUAGGCUCUGGGUGCUUAUGGUUCCUAACUCAUUGGCUUUUUACAGCCCCAACGACCAUGGCGCGGUGGCUAGGUGUGUCUGUCACCUGGGGAGGGCCACUUGUCAUUUGUACUCUUGGGUUGGGCAUGGCCAUUGCAGCAGAGGCAGCGCGGUCCAUGUGGCUGAAGCGAGUACACGGGCUUUUGGCAUGGAUAGUUGCACUGGUCGGAGCUCUGAUGAUGUUGUGGAGUACUCCAUGUGCAUUAACUGGAGUCGUUUUCCUGGUGUCGAUGCUACCAUCGAUGUGGGUCAUGAUGGCCCGAAAUAUUGUUGGUGUGUACCCAGGACUCGGCUUAGCAUUGAGUUCCGCGAUCUAUGUGGGCCUUGUACUCUGGAGCACGGCGCUUGUUGCGUACGAGUUCAUACCAGGCUUUAUGGCUGUGCGGGGAACUAGGGGUUUCUUGCUAGUUCUCUCUGUUGCUGGCAUAGGACUUGGACUUGGCAGAGGCCCUGAAGUCGCAAAUUCGGAGCGCCGGAGUCUUGGGGCUAGACUGGGUACUGGGCGGAUUUCUUGGGGUAACGGUGUACCAGGACGGCAGGCAAUAGGAUGUUUGGUGGUUGCGAUCGGAAUUAUGACGGUUGUUGGGUUGACCAUGCGCUUACAUCCUGGGCCGGCAUGGAGAGGUGUUAAUCCUGAACUGCGGGUGCUCAACUUCAACAUACAGCAAGGAUUCAGUAGAAGUGGCAGUGUCAAUUAUGACUCAAUUUAUAACAUGCUUGACGUUGAGCGACCCCACAUUACGACGUUACAGGAGACGGACACUAUGCACAUCGUUCAUGGAAAUUUAGACUUGGUUGAUUUCUGGGCAACGAAGCUCAAACUGUAUAGCUGGUAUGCACCAGCUACAAAAGCAGAUACGUGGGGAUGUGCAAUUUUGUCAACUCAAAAACUGGUACAUGGCCAGUCACAGGUCCUACCUUCUCCGCAUGGAGAAAAUGCCUGCUUUCAGCAAGCAGAUCUUCAGUUCCAGGGAAAAUCCAUACAAAUCAUGAAUACCCAUUUUGGAGUGCUUUCCUCUGAUAUUAAACUACAAGCAGCUGCCAUUGCGAGUGUGGUGAAUUUGACAAGACCGUUAGUACUUUCGGGCGAUUUUAAUAUGGCACCUUUGACGGAUGCAUACAACACAACAGUGGCUUCUGGAAUCCUAGACAGUUAUGUGGUACAGAAUGGACCUUGGAAGAGUCCUGGAGAUAGAGACCCAGGGGCAGGGCUGGUUUUUUCUUCACCAAAACUCAAAUGUGUAUCAUGGAAGGAGCCCUACUAUGACCAGACGAAGACUUCCGAUGGGUAUCCAAUUGUGGCUACAUUUGACUUCGUGUAGGUUUCAAACGGCACAUUUCAAGUCGAUGAAACUUGGUCACAUAGAUGUAUCAUAAUAUCGGGAGGUCAGGUUGAAGCUUGCCUGCUACUGCACUUGGGGACGUGGAUACAAUACAACCCCUUUUCAUUUCUAGUGUACAAUGCCAGUCUGUAUUGCAGUGCAGAAUUUAGCAGGUUGAUAACUUUGGGUUCUGUAAUCAUUGAAUUCCUUUUGAGCUAAGAUGCCCAAUAUUUCUGCCAAGGUUAGAUGGCAGAUCCAUUUCAAUUUUUGCGUCAGGGCAGUACGAAAAACAAAAUUAGUUGCCGGUGAUAUGUCACGUUUAUAGAUUGAAUUAAGAUGCAACAAUUUAUGGAAUCCCUAUUUUUUGAACAAUUGCUGUACUGGAUGAGAAUAUUUUAAUUAUGUAUUGUGGAAUUUUUUAAACCUA